GAACAAUAAUCACCUUACAGAUUAUACAAUAACAAUUCCUUGCUUACGACUCUUGUAUAUUCGAGUCAGUGUGCAAAGCGACGGUUGAAUCUCACCAAAGAACACCCAAUGGAGACUGAAGCUUCAUUGGCAUCUCCCGAAAAGCGCUUCAAACCAUGCAACUGUUGCGAUUUCAAUCCUCAUGAAUGGCCUCUCAGGAGUGUUACCUUAAGAAUCCGGAAAUGUAUGAAUAGGUGUGUUUAUUGUGGAAAGAAAUUUUCACGUACCACGAGACUGCGAAAACAUCUUAAAGAAUCCAAAGUGCAUGAAGCUCAGCAAUUCACCAUUAUAAAUGGAGAUGCUGGUAGACCUAGAAAAAAUAUCGACAAUGGUACUUCCAGUCCCAUAUACAACGGAGGGUCAUGCCAAGCUUCUAAUCUGUCCUCGACAACCUCAGCCCACGAAGAACAAACAUUGCGCAUGGAAACGGAAGCCUUUGAUGAUAAUGUGAUAGGAACGUUCCGAAAGCUCAAUCUAUCCACCGUUCACGACAUUUCACCAGAGAUGAGAGAGCUAUGGAUGAAAUAUAAUGGUAGAGUACCCGAAAAACUCAAUGCUCGUCGCUGUUGGACAGAUGAAAGACCCAGCGAUGCCAAGCUGUUCACUGCUACCGUCGAGCAGAUCCAAAACUCAUCUGUAACCUGCACUAUCAUUCAGAGAGGAGAGCCUACCGACAAGAAAGAAGCCAUUCAAGCUGUUGCACAAUUGGCUUUUCCAGACCCCUGGAACCCACUGAAGCUGUUAGAUCUCCGCCUUCCUAUUCUAACAGAUGAUAUUCUCAGAGUCCCGAACGACCUAGUGUGUGCAUAUGAAGUAGACAAUUUACAGGUCAUGCUUACCCCAAAGUAUUCUUGGGCCCAGCUGCAUUUUGAUAACGCAGAGGGCUUAUCUGGUAUUAUUGGCAAGUCAGGAAAGAAGAUUUUUGCGACCUUUCCAAACAGCCCUAAUAAUGUAAAACUCUUUCGAAGCACUUUAGGCAGAGAAGCAAAGCUGGAAGAAAUUGGCUCGUCACUUGAAGGAGGACUCAUAUUCACGAUAACUUCUGAAGAUACCAUCUAUUUGCCCGGAAACUGCUUCCAUGCCGUGUGGACACUUGAAGGCUGCUUUCUCGCAACAGUCGACUUUAUCACCCCUAGUACAAUUAAGGUCUACUCGAGAAUCAUACGUGCAGGGUUAGAUGAGUUUGUUGGGGAGAUGCGCCAGAAAGAUUUGUUUGAGUGGCUUCUUACGUCCUUUGAGAUAGCCUAUAAAAAUGGGUCUGUGGGUGACGCCGUUUCUUCAUGGAUCGAAUUGUUGGAUCGCACAAAAGAAUGGGCGUGUGGACAUCUCAAAUGGUCAAGGAAGGCAAUAGCUUUAUGUGAGGAAUUUUUGUCAUCGCCCACUUCGUUAGACCAGAUUUGUCCGUGUGGAGGGGGGCAAGGAAAGGCAUUUCGACAACACUUCCGAGAUUAUCAUCUUCUUGAAGUCUCAAAAAAUCGACGGUAGACUAGAGUAACAAAUCUUGAAAGAAACCAUGCAAAUGGCAUUCAAGGUGAAUUAGGUGGAUUUGGUGCAUUUGGUCAAUUAAUUUGGUGUAUUUGGUGUACUUGGUCAAUUAAAUUUGGUGCAUGUGGUCAAUUAAUUCGGUGCAUUUGGUGUAUUUGGUCAAUUGAUUUGGUGUGUAUGGUGUGUUUGGUCAAUUAAUUUGGUGUAUUUGGUGCAUUUGGUCAAUUAAACUUGAUGCAUGCGGUCAAUUAAUUUGAUGCAUUUGGUCA